AGGCGGUGCUAGGCAUUGGUGACUGGCUGGCCGUCAGUGAGUACGCAUCACGCACACUCACGCUGCUGUGUAGCUGGAGGUGCAGACAUGGCUGGGACAUGCUGCUGCGUCUUGGUGUGGCUGGCCUGCCUAGGCAGUUUAAGUGCUGCCUUCUCUGCUAAUGGAGGGAGGGUGGUUGUGGCCGAAGCGGCAGGUGGGAUGGAGGUGUCUGGCGCCGAGGCUCUUUGCGCCUCCAUUGGCAGCCGCCUCUCCACACUGGCAGAGAUGAGCAACUUCGUGUCCAAGUGUGGCCUGCUUGAGUGCCGGCCGGCAUGGCUGUCCGACGGCGGCCUCAGGACGGCCGGCUGUGGGAACAGCAGUGAAGACCUACAGGAGGACGUGCCGCUGCCUCCCCGGCCACCACCGCCGUCACCCCAAGGCCCAGUGGCCGGAGUCACGAGCCGCCCCAGGGGCCUGACCUCCAGCCUCGCAUUCUGCUUCAUCCUGCCCGGACAGCCAUGUGGCGACCCUCCCGUAUUCCCGUCUGCACGUCUGGAUGAGGAUGAGAUGGGGCAGAGGGAGAAGUCGCAGGCGGAGCUGCACUACGUCUGCCAGGACGGCCAUAUCAUGGCUGGAGGAGCUCGCUCCUUCUCUCUGGCGUGCGAUCCCCAGUGCGGGCAGUGGCAGGGAGCCGUGCGGCCCUGCGUGCCCGAACACGUUGCCAUCCACCUUGACUACAACGUCGAGGAGGUGGGCGUCACGGACUGGGCUGCUCAACUCGAGGCAACGCAUGGAUCCCAGAGUCCAACUCCUGCAGAAGGACUGGGCCCGCUCAAUCCGCUGCAUGAGACACGCGCGGCCGAAAGGGAAGUCUCGUUCGUUGCUGCCUCCAAUGAAUCUGAGCACGGUCACUUAGUGGAGCUUCUGCAGGAAAAUAUGGAAUAUGAUAAGCAAGAGGAGGAGGGGGAGCAGAAAGAGGAAGGAAGCAGACGCCCUCCUGACUUCUCGUUGGUUACCAACAGUGUUGGCAUCAAAACGGGCUCACGAGGUCUCAGCACCAAGGUUUGGGAGAACAGGAGGGUCACGGUGACUGAAGAAAUGCCCAUAAAUGUCCCCUGGCUACGUGGGGAGAGACUGCCAUCUGCAACGUCCGAGGAAGGAGAUAAAGGAACGGAGGUGCUCCCAACGUACGAAUCUCCACCGAAUGCAACGCAAGUUAAUUCCCAUCCCUACGUCGCAGAAGUUUCGUCCGCAAUGCCCGUCACGACGCAAGACCUCCGUUCCGACCUCGUGGGCUUCCCCAUCGCCUCCACGAAUGCGGCGAACCUCCACCCGGCGCCGACCGAUUUCACAGCGCGCAGCGGCAACCCGCCGGCUUCCCUGUCGCCUUCGCCACCACCGCGCACAACGGCGCCGCGGCGGGGCGGCACGGUGGCAUUGCCCGAAGGCGGCACGCGGUCCACGACGUCCGCCCUCGCCACCGAGAGCGAGGGCGGACGCCGGGCAAAGAUGAAGCCGGUGGGGAGCGGGCGGCCCGGCCAGGGGCUCCCGUGGCCCUCGGCGGAGCGCGCGAUCGAGGCGCGCACCGUCCAGGCGGGCGAGAGCGGCCGUGCAUCGCAGACGACACCGCCGCCGCCGCCGCCGCCGCAGGCCUGCGUGGGGCCGCUGUGCGCGCUUGGGGGCCACCAGCAGCAGCAGCGCACGCUGGUGGUGGCGGCAGGGGCCGUGGUCGCCGUGUGCGCACUCGUGGCUCUGGUCGUGCUCGGGCUGUGGUGCCUCCGGAAGAGGCAGCGCUCGGCCGAGUGUCAGCUCAACGGCGGCAAGGGGCAGGCGGCGCAGAGCGAGAGCGUGGAGAUGCAGCGGACUGUGUGAACGAGCACUAACCCUGGGUCAACAUAGAACGUUGGGCCGACGUUGGACCCGACGUUCGUCCAAUGGUUUCGACCAGAUGCCAACAUUGGCCCAACGUUGACAUGUUUGCCGGGACGGCCCUGUGUCCGGAGUGCAGAGUGGUAUCACAGCUUUGAUUGUUCUCUUCGGCGUAUUACCUGGAUGUUUAUAGGAAUUGAUGUUUUAAUGGCUCGGAGUGCCCGACGACUAUGUGCAUGUAGUUACCAACCACAUGGCACAGAAUGUGGGGAUGGCAGCUGAGUUAUUCUCUGUUCGCUGGACUGUGACCAUGUUGAUGUUCACAAACCAUGACUUACUGGGGUUCUGUUGACUCGGUGAAACCACGACGCUUAUUUAAAUCAACGUUAUAUUUGGAUAAGUUGAGUAACUUACUUUUCCCAAAACUCUUUAACAGCCACUGUGAUCGAUUCAUUAUAAUUUUUACAGUCGUGAUUAAUACAGUAUAUAAGCAUCGUGAUUGGAUGGACUCUUUCACGCCUAACUUAUUUCGACUUAAAACACAUUCACUGUAUUCUGAAUAGCUAUGUAAACGACGUGGAGGUUUUGAGCCUGCAUACAAAGAGAAUAACAUUUUUGGAAAUUCUUCUUGACUCAAUGUUUGUAAAAUCUUAUUUUUGAACAAAUUCCUAUCCAAUGACAACAUAGUUAAUUGAAAACCCAGUUUGUGAUGUCAUGAUCGUAAAUGCGUACGUCAUGCGAAUAGAUGCACGCUUCUGCUGCCCGAUAUGCUUUGUAUCUUCACGUUUCACAUCAAGGUUGCAGAAUGACAUUUUAUUUUUUUAUUUUAUUUAUUUAUAUUUUCAACACCCAGCAACCAGUACAGAAACACAAAAGGGGCCGGGGUGCACACCUUUCCCAAGCGGCACACAAAACCGAAUGUGUACGUUUUUUUCAUGCACACUGCUGAGGCCAGUGUUUCCAGGCACCUAAGGAGAGAGAGAGACAUUGACAGUCGCCCAGCUAUUGAGGUCGCUCCUAAACGAUGGGUGAAAACCCAGGGCGAGACGAACCCCGGCGACCCGAGGUCGAUUCCCGCUCACAGCCACCAACACCGGUGACGAUUAUCUGGACCGGUCCUGGGCCUCCCCUAGGUUGCUAUGUGUAAAACAUCGCCACGAGGGAGACA